GGUACCUGUGCUUCUGCAUAAUGGGAAGCCCAUAGCUGAGUCACCCAUUAUUCUUGAAUAUAUUGAUGAGACAUGACCGGAUUUGCCAUUGAUGCCAAGAGAUCCUUAUGAGAGAGCUCUGCUUCGAUUUUGGGCCAAUUUCUUUGAUAGCAAGCUAUCAGGCGGAACCAUUUUCCUCACCCAAGGUGAAGAACAAGAGAAGGCAGUUGCAGUGUUUAAGGAGGGCCUCAAAACACUUGAAAAUGGCCUUAAAAAUGAUUUUAGCAGCAUGAAACCCUUCUUUAAUGGCCAAACCCCUGGUUAUCUCGGAGUGGUCGUGGGCUCGAACUUAGGCUGGAUCAAAUUCCUGGAAGAGAUAUCAGGAGCAAAGCUGAUAGACCAAGAAAACACCCCAUUCCUGUUUUCAUGGCUUUCUGAUUUUUGUGAAUUUGGGGUGGUGAAAGAAGCUCUGCCUGAUCAAGCAAGGCUGGUCGCAGUAUCCAAGAAGAAGAGAGAGAUGGUUUUUGAGAUGUUAUUUGAAUCCACCAAACAUCAGUAGAGAGUCAUGUAAUAAUCCCAUUUGCCAUAAAAAUACCAAUAUUUUACCGACUAUACAAUCAAUCUAUUCUGAUUUCGGCAUAGUGAUUUAGCAUCUAUAUAUAAAAGGGA